GCGGUUCUUUCUCGUUAUGGCGUCUUUAAUGUGAAAACAUGAACCAGUGCGUAUUCUGCUCUUCUUCUACAUUACCAUCAUAACAUGAAGUUACACCACCAACUUGUUAACACAGUUAGCUCCCUACGUGGCGGCAGCAGGCUGAAUUGUUCCGCUUCCCUCCCUUUUUGAGCACACUGACCGUUAACUACAACCUGAAACGUUAACUACAAUCCAACAUUAGAGGAUACUCGCACAGGCAAGAUCUGGGCAACAUUGUCCCGGAGUGUAGGCUUGUAGGCUCUUCAGGAGGCUAAGCCUUCCAAGUCAUGCACAAGGGCAGCGAUCACCCUCACGAUUUAAGUCCAAUAUGGAGGAUAGCGUGGAAUCAAGGAUGACACCCGUGGAUGGGGAGAUAGAGCAGCCGUCCACGUCCAGGAGAAGAUCUCCAACCUUCUGGAGCAGCGCCUUGGAUGCCGCAACCCUGAGCUCUGUUUUAUUAGACUCUCUCUGCUUCCUUUUUCCGACACUGACAGCAGGAGAGAAUCAUCCAGGCAAAAGUAACCCCAGCCAGUAAACAGACUAUUCCCACAAUCACUGGCACCCACACAGGCAUGGAGGAGGGACAGGGCAAUGGCCAUCUCAGCAUGAGCUCGCUCACUUAUGUGGAAACAGUCCACAGAGAAGAAACUGGAAUCAGCCUCACCGACCUGUGAAACAUUUAUAAUGAGGCUCUAUCUGCAAGAUCUCCACAACAUUAACCAGCACCCUCGGCACCUAAAGAUACAGACAAAGAGAGGAGGGUGAAAAGGCAGUAAAGGCACGACCACUUGUUCUCAAAAGUACAGCAGUGAACUGCCGAUAAAAGAGGACAUCACAUCUCAUAUCGACCGUCUGCUGAUGCUGCAGAGACGACUGUAAGUCUCACCUGAAGUUGGCACAGUGUCAGAUGGAGCAAGGUCCACACAGGAGAAGUCACUUCCCCAGUCCUAGAGGACAAGAAUCAUCAAAUGAUCAGCAGGAAUAGAAAAUAGAGGGAGCGAGCCAUCAGUGUCUGGGCCUUCUGGCUGAGAUGGAAGCAGUCAGCGCUGAAGAAGGAGCGAUCAAGGCGGCCAUCCUGUGCAAAAAGCACAGAGCUGAUCCACCUGCACAAAGAGAAGGAGCAGCUUCCAGUCGCUCUCCACAUCAGAGGCCUGCAGGAGAAAAAUCAGUGAUACCCAGAUAAUUAAAGAGCAGAUCCAGAAUAUAGCACAACUAUGAUCGCUGAUUACCAUAAUCCAGAUAUGAGGCCAAACUGCCUUUACAGUCUGUUAUCAUCCUUCAAGGACAUUACCUCUGCAUGAACCCCUGUCUGAAGCAAGGCUUUUAUCUCCUGAUCGACACGAUGGGACGGAUCUUCUUGGACCACAUCGGUGGGACUCGCCUGUUCUCCUGCGCCAACUGUGACACCAUUCUGACCAACCGAGCAGAACUCAUCUCCACGCGCUUCACUGGAGCCACCGGCCGAGCUUUCCUGUUCAACAAGGUUGUGAACCUGCAGCACAGCGAGGUGCAAGACAGAGUCAUGCUGACCGGCAGACACAUGGUGCGGGACGUCAGCUGCAAGAACUGCAACAGCAAGCUGGGCUGGAUGUACGAGUUCGCCACUGAGGAAAGCCAGCGCUACAAGGAGGGCCGUGUCAUCCUGGAGAGGGCGCUGGUGAGGGAGAGCGAAGGGUUCGAGCAUGUUCCCUCUGACAACUCCUGAAUUCACUCGUGUUGCCGCUACAAAGCUCAACCCGUGCUUACAGCGCAUGGACUUGCAUGGACAGUGUGCCAUUUGUGAGUAGAGCUACGCCAAAAUAAUAUCACAAGCUGGGUGUUUUUGGGAAGUCGAAACAAGACGUGGUGGACAUUUUCCCAUAACUUUAAACAUCAGAAUUUCUUCUAUGAUGGGUAUUAAAACCAUUGCUUCUCUACCCAUUUAGAGCUUCGGUAUGUUCCCGACAGGCUGUGAUGUUGGUGAAAUGUGUUGGAGUGGUGGGAGUUGGGCUGCUGUUAGAGGGAGAGGGUACACUCCCUUCAAAGAGGCUCAGACAGACAGAUUGUUAUGUAGGAGUUCAAAUAGACAUGAACAACACUGGUGAGUUCUGACUCUUAACAGAAGAUUCAGUCACCAAGCAGUGUGUUUAAUACAUUCCUUUCCUGACAAGAGUUAAUUGUCACACUAUGCCAGAAGUUCUUUAUUUCAUAUAAUCAGUGAAGUAGUUCUUUAACAUUAGCCUUUACCAGAGAAUAAGAACAUUAUAAUAGCAAACAGAUUUGUGUCCCUUUAAUUAAAUUCAUUAUAUCCUUGGUGUUAUUAUUACUAAACCUAAAAAGAGUCCAGAUAUCCCCACUUUUCUUUAUGUUUUCAGACAUGAUGAUAAAGUUGAUCAGCACAGGUUUUAAAAUGAUGGAAAAAAGCCAACAUUUGUCUUUUGCAUUUCAUUACAUUCCUGCUCCAAACAAACAAAUGAAACUUAGUAUGUGUUUGUUGUUUUUUUUUGUCAUAAAUAAACACAUUCAAACAACACAUU